UCGUGAGUGCAGUUCGUUCUGCUGUCCAGGCGGCUACGCGUGCUGCCGUGCUCGGCUGCAGUAUAUAAAGGCGGUCAGCGGUCAAAGCCCACACAGCCGCUCUCAGCGUUACGUUUUUUUUUUUAAUUUAUUAUCACGCCGGAGUAGUUAGACUCUCCUUUUCACCGCCGGCAUCCGCGUCCUCUCAGUACCCGGAGGAGAGGGGGUCCAGCGCGGCGUGACACCGCGAGGAGCGACCAGCAUGGACCCCCAAGCGAAGGAUCGCACCAGCCCGGCGGCGGGGGCUUAAGCGGGCGCCCGGCCUCUCUCGGAGCUGACGGGGGUGACUCGGAGUCCGGAGCCGGCUCGGAGGAGGCUGCCGUGGGCUGCUGCAGCGACACGUUCAGUAGCCUGCCUGACAUGGAGCAAGAGACUCUGGAGGAGAAAUUAAGGGGACUGGCGUUCAGAAAACAGACGUCGUAUCGGAAAGCGAUUUCCCGCUCAGGCCUCCAUUACCUCGGCCCACCUCAGCCCUCGCUUCCUCCUGCGUCCAACGGCCCCACCAAGGAACUACGUACCUGUGUGGACUGGACGGAGAACGCAGUGAAUGGGGAUCACCUGUGGAUGGAGACGAGCUGCUCAGGAGAGCUCUGUUAUCUUGGAGAGGACACCUGCGUGCUAAAGACAGCUAAGUCGGCCCCCAGGAGGAAAUGUGCAGCCUGUAAGAUUGUUGUUCACACCGGCUGCAUGGAGCAACUAGAAAAGAUAAACUUCCGAUGUAAGCCGACUUUCAGAGAGGGAGGAUCCCGAACCCUGAGAGAUAACAUCCUCAGACACCACUGGGUUCACAGACGACGACAAGAGGGGAAAUGUAGACAGUGUGGAAAGAGUUUUCAGCAGAAGUUCUUCCACAGUAAAGAAAUCAUCGCCAUCAGUUGUUCGUGGUGUAAACAGGCCUUCCACAACAAGGUAACAUGUUUCAUGCUGCACCAGAUAGAGGAGCCGUGUUCACUGGGGGCCCACGCCGGUGUCAUAGUACCACCGUCCUGGAUCAUCAAAGUCAGGAAACCACAGAGCUCCCUAAAGAACUCUGCCAGAAGAAAAAAGCGGACAUCUUUCAAACGAAGGACAAGCAAGAAGGGAUUAGAUGAGUCUAAAUGGCGUCCGUUCAUGCUGAAGCCUCUCCCCUCUCCCCUCAUGAAGCCCAUCUUGGUUUUUGUGAAUCCAAAGAGCGGCGGCAACCAGGGUGCCAAAGUGUUACAGAUGUUUAUGUGGAUCUUGAAUCCUCGUCAAGUCUUCGACCUUUCGCAGGGUGGACUGCGCGAGGCGUUGGAGUUGUAUCGCAAAGUGCCAAAUCUGAGGAUCCUUGCCUGCGGAGGAGAUGGCACGGUGGGUUGGAUCCUGUCUGCUCUCGAUGAGCUGCAGAUGAAUCCCCAGCCUCCGGUCGCUGUGCUUCCUCUGGGAACAGGAAAUGACCUCGCCAGGACGCUCAACUGGGGUGGGGGCUACACGGAUGAACCAGUGUCCAAGGUUUUGUGUCAUGUGGAGGACGGUUCGGUGGUGCAGCUGGACAGGUGGAACCUCUUAGUAGAAAAGAGCUCUGCCCAGCCAGAGGAGGGCACACAGAAGCUGCCCUUGAACGUGUUCAACAACUACUUCAGCCUUGGCUUCGACGCGCACGUCACCCUGGAGUUCCACGAGUCCAGAGAGGCCAACCCAGAAAAGUUUAACAGUCGCUUCCGCAACAAGAUGUUCUAUGCAGGAGCUGCGUUCUCAGAUUUCCUCCAGAGGAGCUCCAGGGAUUUGUCCAAGCACGUCAGAGUGGUGUGUGAUGGCACAGAUCUCACUCCCAAGAUCCAGGAGCUGAAGUUCCAGUGCAUAGUGUUUCUAAACAUUCCCAGAUACUGUGCCGGCACCAUGCCAUGGGGAAACACGGGAGACCAUCGAGACUUUGAACCUCAGCGGCAUGACGACGGCUGCAUCGAGGUUAUCGGCUUCACCAUGGCCUCGCUGGCAGCGCUGCAGGUUGGAGGUCACGGAGAGAGACUUCACCAGUGCAGAGAGGUCAUCCUCACUACCUACAAGACUGUACCUGUUCAGGUGGACGGCGAGCCAUGCCGACUGGCUCCAUCCACUCUCCGCAUCUCUCUUCGAAAUCAGGCCAACAUGGUCCAGAAGAGCAAGAGACGCACCUCUGUGCCCCUGCUCAACGAUAUUCAGAAGGUGUGUGCAGCUGAUCUGCGCCGCCUCUCUGCUCCCCCCGACUCCUUCUCUGUUCCUCACGCAGUUCCAGAUCGUCUGCGUCUUCGAGUGAACCGGAUCAGCCUCCAGGAGUACGACAGGCUGCAGUAUGACAAGGAGCGGCUACGAGACAUAUCCAUCCCUGUUGGCAUAGUGGUGGUGAGGGGGGACUGUGACCUGGAGACCUGCAGACUUUAUAUUGACAGAUUACAAGAGGAUUUACACCAGGCACCAUCUACUGGCCACAGAGUGCACUACCAGGAUGAAAGCAGAGGUGUCCCCCGGACCAGUUCAACCAGCAGACUGUCUCCCAACUGGAGCUUCUUGGAUUCCACGUCAGCCGACCGCUUCUAUCGCAUCGACAAGGCUCAGGAGCAUCUGCAUUUCGUGACAGAAAUCUGUCAGGAUGAAGUGUUCAUCCUGGACCACGAAGCUCCAGUGGUGAGCCAGGGCUCCUCCGCGGGGAUGCCUGAUCUGGUGGUGGAGCCCACUGCCGGCGCUCCGUUGACAUCAGACGAACAAGCUCUGCUGACAGCUGCAAGUUCUGGGGACCUCUCCACGCUCUCACAGUGUGUGGAUCGAGGCGUCAAUUUGUUGGUCCGAGACUCUGGGGGUUGUUCGGCGUUGCAUUUAGCUGCUCAGAGCGGACACGCAGACCUGGUCCGCUACAUACUGCAGCAAGGCUCCAAGGUUCUUCUGGAUUUAACAGACACAGAGAAAGGUGACACUGCAUUGCACAAAGCAGCAUCAGGGAAGCAGCACGCAGUGUGUCGACUACUGGUCGAGGGCGGGGCGUCACUAGAGAAGACCAACUUCCAGGGGAAGACGCCGGCAGACCAAGCCGAUGGAGACGCUGAGCUCGCCGCCUACCUGAGCUCAUCGUCUGCAAGCCACGAAGACCUGGAGACGGCCGUGUGAUCGCGAACACGCUCGCGCACUCUGUGUCGCUCUGGACUCUGCGCGCUCGACGUGGAGAGGAAAACGUUUGGAUUCGACUCUUCGGGCGGAGAAGUUGGAGACGAGCCAGAAGAGAUGAACUGCUUCAGCUCGCAGCAGCACUGCAGAGGAGAUUUUACUGGUCUACUAUUUAUUUGUAUUUAUUUAUUCAUAUUCUAUUUAUUGGUUGUGCCGAUUGAGUGAAUGACUGAUCGUAGGACUAUCAGGAUGCAAGUGCAAUUGGACCAGCCGUCACACAUCGUGAGUUCACCUGUUUCUCAUCUUAUAAGGGAUUCAUGCAUAUUUUACUCCCUGAGACUUCUGCAGUGGUUUAAAGUGUAUAAAGUGUCAUUUCAGCGCUCGUAGGAACAGUAAAAGUUUUUGUUUGUCCCUUAAAACUUGUGCCAAAGACAUUGCACUAGCGUAAUGUCACAUCUCGUCCCAAAUUUCAGUCAUUUUCCCAUCAUCUGUCACAUAGUUUGAUUUCCACGCCUUCCCUAAACUUUCUUACUCCCAUGUCAUUAAAUAUGCAACGCUAGCGUUUGCAAUCACGUGCUGCCCGCUAAGUCACACAUCACAAAAUAAAACAAACAAAACGAACAUAUCCUCCCCGGGUGCGCUCGUCCUGAAGUGCUUGUAAUGUUUUCCGCUUUCGGCUUCUUGCGAGUCCCGACUCAACGCCACUUCUUAUCCUAUCAGAGUCGUUGCUUCGCCGUGACUCAUAAAAAUGACAAAACGCUUGUCAGCUUUCUGACUCUUUCAAGCAGCUGAUUACUUCCAGGAACACUCAGUGGACUAAAUGUGUCACAUUUUCUACAGACAAAACCAUGAUUCAGAGCUACGUGUACAGAUGAGUUUUUAAAAGGUUUUUUAAAAUGAGGAUCUGCUCUUGCCCACUUUUAACAUUUAUUUUCAUUUUAUGUCUGCGUCACUGCAUCAUUUCUCCAACGUCUUGGCAUGUGCUGGAGUCUGAGAGGUUCACAAAGAGAUCUUUAAACUAAAGCUGCGAUUGAGUUAUUCGCAUGUUUAAAAAUUUAUUGUGGCAAACAUGAUGGAGGGACUUUAUGUUCUCCACAGCAGCCACACACAAAAAAAUACACAAGCUGAUAUUAGACGAGUGUAAAUGUGAUAAAGCCAGACAAAGAGCAAAAUAUCAGUGUUUCUCAGUGGUAGAAGCUACAAGUAUUUAGCUCUAUUUGCACUGUCAGUAAACCACAACAAUUCAAAACAUGGACACAGUUUGGCAUAGAAAAAAAUCAAACCUGCAUGAACUGUGAAAGCUUUGAACUUUUCUCACAAACUUCUUUUAACUGCAGCUUUUUCUCCAAGUACAAACAACACACGGAACAAGUGACCGAGUGGGAUCAUUUAUGACUCCAGUCAUAUCUGUGUAUGUGCUGCUGUGACAUUUUUAUAACCAAUUAUGACUCGGAUUGUAUAACAUUUAAUAGAAUUUUAAUUAAAUAUGUCUGUUUUUUAGCAUUAUAAGCUUUGAUUUUACUGGAAAUGACCAUUUCUAAUCACUACAUUGUAGAAAGGCAUGUACGCUAUAUGGACCAAACAUAAGCUGCUCAGCCAUGCAGCUGAAAAACUCUGUUAUAUUGGGACAUUAUAGACAUAAAAAAACAUUAUGAAAUCAAAAGUGAUCCCACCUGGUUUCAGUAGCUAAAAUCUCUUGUAGAUAACAAAAAGCAGCAUUUUUUGGCUCUUUCUGGGAUCCCAGAGAGUACAAAAAUAACGGAAUAAUCACAACACGUUUCAGGAACCAUGAGCUCAUUAGCUGAUGGAAAAUAAAUCACAUUUGUGUCAUAGAAAUGCCUAAAAUGUGCCGAUCUCUGUCACAUUUGUGGAUAUGUGCUUGUUUUCUUUGUCAUAUUUCUAAUAUUUUGCUUGUCUUGGUGAGAUAAAGGUGAUAAAUGUUUUGCUCUGGGAGCCGUUUUGUGAAAUUUCUUAGCCGAAACAAAAAAACCCCAAAAAACCCUCAUAUUUCAGAACAACACGGGACUCCAACUCUUUUUGUGGACAAAAUUAGCGCUGAGCCAUCAAACCAGUGACCGUACCAAGUGAUAGUGAGAGGGGACCAGUAUUAGCCCAGUAUGGAAGGAAUGACGCUAACCCAAGGUUCCCGUCGUUUGCGUUUGAAUUCAUUUUUGGACGUUAGACCAGAGUCUGUUUAAAAAAUGGGAGAUUUAAAGUAUUUUCGUUGCAAUGUUUCUUUCAAACUAAGAUUUUAACUUUUCACAGUUCGAUAGUGUGUAUCUGGUACUCCUGGUGUGUGCGCGUGUGUGCGUGUGUGUGCGUGUGUGUGUGUGUGUGUUUGCAGCAUUUGUCUAAGAAUAAAUUAAAAUCUGAGCCAUGUUCAAUGCAAUAUGAAUAGAUUAUAUCUUCUUGUUUUUGCAUUUCUAUGUUACUCAUUUACAUUACAUUAAUGUUUGUAACACGGUCGAGCAUUUAGCACCGAGGAGUAUUGAAUGUGCGGUUUUGCUUCAGUGCUGGUUAGGAAAAUGAUUCUUGUUUCGUUCGUUCUUUUCUUUUGAGAGCACAUAUGUCAGUGGACUGAAAUGACCCUGUGAGCUCUGCAGUAACCUGUGCUGAUAUUUGCAGGACAUGAUGCUUUCCCAAUUAUUUAAGGGGACAUUGUAAAGAGUCGUGAUCAGCCAUCAUAGAAGUCUGGCUCCCAAAGUCCCAGCUUACGUUUACUGCAGUGGCUUUUCUCCCUUUCCCUCAAAAUUCAAACUAUUAGUCGCCAACUUGUGUCCUCAGGUCUGCCCUCAGGAGGUUGGUUUGAUAGAAGGUUUCCGGUACAUCACAGAUUGGCUCUGGAGUCCCUUUAGCGUCAUAGAAAGCAGAUAUCCUAAUAUGGUUAUCUCAGGGAGGCGUAAAUAUGUACUGACAGGGUGUUGGUGCUUUGCAAGCACAACUAUUCCUGUGCAAAGACAAUCCCGCAGAGGCACCUAUUUGUAAAAUAUAUGGAAAAUUUAAGAGCGGUAAAAACAUUUGCAGUAGGAAUACAGCUUGGGUCUAUUUUCACUGCACUCUUAUCAGCCAAUCAGAUGGAUCAGAUCUCUCUGCCCUGUUUUACCAAGGGUUAAAACGUAUGAUGAGUAAAGACUCGUUUAUUCCAGAGCUGUGUUGUUUAAACCCUUCGAAUGUUCUUAGAAUUUCUUGACUGAAUCCACACUUUAAACAUCCAGAGCCGAUGUCUCGCUCUCUUUCUCUGCAGAGGUUUCUUGUUGUAAGAUGGCUUCCACAAGCCAGAUAUCAAACUCGGUGGCCUUCCUCCGAGUUUCAGCAGUUUACACGGACAAAAUGUGUGUAAAAUAAAACCACAAACUGAUCAUUUCCAGAAAGUGACUGUGCUCAUGUAAGCUACGUUCGUUCUGAGCAGCACACACACACACACUCAAACACACACACAGGCUUAUUAUCACUCUUUCUAUUUAGUAGAAACAUGACUUUGAAUUAAACUGUGUCUAUCAUCAGCGUUGGUUAUGCAUGUCCUUUAUUUUCUUACCUCCCUGGGAUUCUGUUCUGGUAAUGGCAUAAAAAAAUGGCAUUAUUGAUGUUUAAACUGUUCAAUUGUUAUCAUUUUAAAUGAUUUAUACUAAAGUUUCUUGUAAGGCUGGGCACGUGGGUUUGUUUUGUUUUUUUUUGCUUUUGUAUUUUAUUUUUCUGCUACUGAUGAUGAUGAUGAUGGGAUUACUUGAAGUUUGUUGUUUUUAUUUUGUCAUUUGGUAAAAGAAGAUGUGACGCUGUUGUCUUGGUGUCUGACCUCAUUUCCUGUUUGAGCGGUUGCCGGGGAAAUCCCCUCAACACCAGCUGUUACUUGUCAAAACAAGCUGCUUAAAUCUCUGACGUAACUACUCUAAUGACAAGACCAUAAAAGCUAUAAAAAGUCUAAUCUGUAA